AUUUCUAUUACGGCAUGAUUGAUUACAAACUGAUAAUACACCUGAAAAGCGCGUGCGCUUUUAAAAGCAUUCAGGUUCAUAGUGGCGUGUAUGUUUGCCUUCGACUGAUUUAAUAAACGUUUUGUUGUUUAUUAUUAACGACAAUUAGUGGCGGGGAAUAAAAUUAUCUGUGAAGUGUCUGCGUGCACAACCUCUUCGAUUAUACGGUUUUAAUCGUGAUCCUGUGUCCUGCGAAAAAUUCAGGAAGUGCUUUUGUGUGCAUGUGGCUAAAAAAUAAUAUUGUCGUUCAGUUCUACCUUUAUAAAAUAUGUGCCAAGUUAUCUUCAUAUUGUUUAUGUGUUGGAAGCAUAAAUUAAAAGUGUUGUGUGUGUAAAUCGGCCAUAGCCGAUAAGAAAAAUGUCAAGUAUUAAAAAAGGGUCGACCAGAAGGUCCGAUGAUACUAUGGACGAUGAUUCCGACGACAAAGAUUCAAAAAGAAAAUCUCGGAAUUUAAGCGAAAAAAAACGAAGGGAUCAAUUUAAUUUGCUUGUCAACGAAUUAAGUUCAAUGGUGUCAACAGGCGGAAGAAAAAUGGACAAAUCAACUGUUCUAAAAUCGACAAUAUCUUUUCUAAAAAAUCAAAAUGAUUUAACUGUUCGUUCGCGGGUAAACGAAAUUCAAGAAGACUGGAAACCGACUUUUUUAACCAACGAAGAAUUUACACAUUUAAUUUUAGAAGCUGUAGAUGGUUUUAUAAUGGUGUUUUCUACAUCUGGUCAAAUAUAUUACGCAUCAGAGAGCAUUACUUCGCUGCUGGGUCAUUUACCAAGUGAAGUAUUAAAUAUGACAAUAUACGAAUUGGCUUGUGAGGAUGAACAAACAAAUUUAUACAACAUUUUACUAAGUCCGUCCGAGAAAGAAAGACAAGUUACGUUUUCAUGUCACCUUCGAAGGGGAGGAUACAAUUCGAAAAUUCCUUGUUAUGAGUCAGUUCAGUUCGUAGGAUACUUUAGAUCAGAUGAAGAUAUGGUUCAGGAAGAAAAUAGGUAUAGCGGAUACUCUGGUGACGCCGAUACUAGGUUAGUCUUUGUCGGAACGGGACGAAUACAAACACCUCAAUUAAUAAAAGAAAUGCCACUAGUGGAUUCAACAAAAAGCGAAUUUACUUCCAGACACAGUUUGGAAUGGAAAUUCCUUUUUCUCGACCACAGGGCGCCACCCAUCAUAGGAUACUUACCAUUCGAACUUUUGGGUACCUCGGGGUAUGAUUACUACCACGUGGAUGACCUGGACAAAGUUGUGGUUUGUCAUGCAUCUUUAAUGCAAAAAGGAGAAGGCACAUCCUGCUUCUAUAGGUUCCUGACAAAGGGACAGCAAUGGAUUUGGCUGCAAACUAGGUUUUAUAUAACCUAUCAUCAAUGGAAUUCUAAACCUGAGUUUAUUGUGUGUACCCAUCGAGUAGUUAGCUAUACAGAUGUAAUGAAGCAAUGUCGAAAAGACGAAGGGUUAAUAACUGCUGUAGACUCUCCCCUAUCCUUAAGUGGAUCUGUACAAUGGCCAUGUAAAAGCGGAAAAAGUAACAUUAGACAUGGUCCCCCUUCAGACUGUACAAACAUGUCUGCUUAUUCACCUGGAUCAAGACAAUCUGUUAUGACGCAACUUUCUGUGAAAUCAAGGACCAGUCCUCCAGUAUCUCAGUCAAAUAGCCCUUCCAAGGUUCAAUCGCAAUCUAGUAACCAAAUUCAACAGCAACUUUGUCAAGCAAACUCUUCAACGCAACCUCAGCAACAGAUACAACCAACACAGUUCUUGGAACCUCCACAAUACGUUGCUGCAAUUCCAGUGCAACCUAUUAUUGCCAGUUUUUCAUCUCCUGCAGUUUUAUCACCACUACCGGCCGUGGACAGUUUAAUAAUGAACCCUGGACCAAACCAAAAUCAACUACAAGCAGAUUUACAAAGAAAACAUGCUGAAUUGCAAGUAAUCAUUGGUCAGCAGCAACAAGAGCUACGAAGGGUUUCUGAACAACUCUUAAUGGCUCGACUGGGCCUGUUACCGAAUCAUGGACAAGUUGUGUCUAAUGUUCCAAUUUUGUAUCACACAAAUAAUAGUGGAGCGGUAAGCAGUACGACGACUUCAGUACCUGGGAUUCCGACGGCAGUGGCGGGUCCACAAUCAGUUAUAGUACCUGCCUCUAUACCCAUACCCCUUUCAAUUCAACAUUCUCAUCAUACCACCCAAAAUAUGAUGUACAGCACGCCUGAUUCGAACUCUCAGCCAAAUAAAUAAUUUUGGACUAUACUUUAAUUAAUAUUCGUUGUGCUAAGUGUAUUAUAUGUAAAAAUUGUAUUAAUGUUGUUAUAGCAAUCAAAGGGUAGCAAAUAAGCCGGCUUCUUUUAAAAAGACAUUUUAAGUUUGGACUUUGAAUUUAAUACGCCUAUACAAUGUAAUUUAUUUUUUCAUAUAGUGAAAGACGAAAAUUAUAAAAGAAAAUUUAAUGUGAGUGGUGC